UGUCAACUAGGUUUUGUUUAGUCAAAGUGUCAAACACUCAAACACAGGAACUUUAGAUCAGAGGAAGCUUGAUUGCAUCUGUUCUUGAAUCCUACGCAAGAAUCGGCUGAUAGAUCUGCAAAAGCUUUCAAAAGCUAAAACAGAUCUCUUUCUUGUUCCACCAAUGGCUUUUCUCUUUGGCGUAUAAUGUUUGCUAUCCUGUUAGGCAAUACAGCUCAAAUCGGCAGAACAAUUUCAGAUCUGUGAAGGAAUCUUUCUUUGCUCUAAAAAUCUUUUGAAGAAUCGACUGAGAGAUCUGCAAAAGUCUUGAAAGCCUCAAGCUGUUCUCUUUCUUGCUCUUUCCAAUAUUUGCCUUUCUCAAUUUACAUUCUGCUGCCAAAGAGGGCGUCAUGGGAGAGGCACUGUUGGGAUCAGCCAUGGAGGUGGUGUUGGAAAGGUUACAAGGUCAGGAUCUCAAUGAAUUGCUGAAGAAGUUGAAGAUAGCGUUGUUGUCUGUUAAUUCGGUGGUCGGUGAUGCUGAGAAGAAGCAGUACCAUAACCCAGCGGUAAAAAUGUGGCUCGAUGACUUUAAAGAUGCUUUCUAUCAUGUAGAGGAUCUCAUGGAUGACAUCCUCACUGAAGAUUUGCAACAAAGCUUAGAUCAUUGGCAGAGGAUACGCAAAACGGAUAUAGAAAGAAAGACGGGGGAGAUACUUAUGAAGAUAGAAUAUGUUGCAAAGCAAAAAGAUGUGCUCGGUCUGAGGGAAACAAUAGUAGGAUACGACAUGAAAAGUUCUCUGAGCAUGCCCGCAACUUCUUUUGUAGAUCCGGCUGGAGUAUUCGGUAGGGAUCUUGAUAAAAGGGAAAUUAUUGUUCACACUCUGUCUCUUGUAAGGGAUAGAAAUCUGGGCGUGAUUGCGAUAGUAGGCAUGGGCGGUAUAGGCAAGACCACUCUUGCUCAGCUCGUUUACAACGAUAUAGAAGUGACUAGUUAUUUUGACAUGAAGGCUUGGGCUUGCAUUUCGGAUAAUUUUGACACGCUCAAGGUAACAAAAACAAUUCUCGACUCGAUUACUUCGCAGCGUUCUGAUUUCAGCGAAUUAAAUUUGCUUCUAUCUAAAUUAGAGGUGACACUUAGGGGAAGGAGAUUUCUACUAGUUCUAGAUGAUGUGUGGAAUGUUCAGUAUAAGGACUGGGAGGUCUUCCUAUCUCUUCUUGAAGUUGUUUCAGUGGGAAGUUGUAUUAUUGUAACUACACGCAUUCAACGUGUUGCAGAAAUGAUGAAUGCCGACAGAGUUCAUCAUUUGAAAGAAUUAUCAAUUUCAGAAAGUCGGUCGCUGUUUCGAAGAAUUUCUUUUGGAGAUAAAGACCCUAUCUCAUAUCCAAGGCUAAAAGCUAUUGGCAAUGAAAUCGUGAAAAAGUGUCAUGGCUUGCCUUUAGCAAUAAAAUCAGUUGCGGCUUCCUUGCGCUUUAAGUUGCAAGUCAGGGAAUGGAACAAUGUAUUGGAGGGCCUAACAAAUUUUCCAACUGGAAUGGGGGAUGUUUUCAAUGUAUUAAGACAGAGCUAUGAUCAUCUUCCUGCACAUUUAAAGAGAUGCUUUGGAUACUGUUCAAUAAUUCCUAAAGGAUAUGAGUUUGAGAAAGAAAAGUUAAUCCUUUUAUGGAUGGCGGAAGGCCUCCUGCAACAGCCCAGAGGUAAUCCCAGAGGUAAUCACAGAAUGGAAGACCUUGGUGAGGAGUACUUUCAUGAAUUAUUAUCAAUGUCUCUUUUUCAACCAUCAAGCGGCAAUAAAUCACGUUUCAGGAUGCAUGAUCUUAUAAGUGAUUUGGCUAUUUAUGUGUCUGGGAAAUUUUCCUUCAGAUUGGAGAAUGAUGAUCCCACUGGUCUCACUGCAUCGAUUCGGUAUUUGUCACUUUUCAGAUGCAGAUAUGAUUCCCCAGAAAUAUUUGAGGGCAUUAGAAAAGCCAGGUAUAUAAGGACCUUUUUGCCACUGAAUCAUGAAUUAUGUCAUUUAAGUAGUAAUGAACUGCAGAAAUUAUUGUUCGAACUGCAAUUCUUACGGGUGCUUUCUUUAUGUUGUUAUCAUAUUGAUGAGCUACCUGAUUCAAUCGGUAAUUUGAAACAUUUACGAUACAUUGAUCUCUCUUAUGCUGCCAUCAAGAGGUUACCUAAAUCAGUAUGUGCUCUUUGCAACUUACAAUCAUUGAUCUUGUUCUAUUGUUGUUCUCUCACUGAAUUGCCAGAAAACAUGUGGCAGCUUGUCAACUUGCGUCAUCUUGAUAUUACUGGAACUGCCUUAAAGGAGAUCCCGAGAGAAAUAUGUGAAUUAAAGAAUCUUCAAAAGCUGAUCUUGGCCAAUUGUCAUUCUCUUACUGAAUUGCCAGAAGGCAUGUGGCAGCUUUCCAACUUGAGUCAUCUUGAUAUUACUGGAACUGCUUUACAGGGGAUGCCAAAAGAAAUUAGUAAAUUACAAAAUCUUCAAACACUGCCUUACUUUGUUGUGGGGAAAAAUACUGGCUCAACAGUUAAAGAAUUAGGGGGCCUUCUGUAUCUUCAUGGAACACUUCACAUUUCAAAAUUGCAUAAUGUGGUCUCUACAGAUGAUGCAGUUGAGGCUAGCUUAGCAGGAAAGACAUAUCUGGAUGAGCUAACGUUGGAAUGGGGUGACAAGACUGUUGAUUCAGAAAAUGAUAGAAAAGUGCUUGAAGCGCUACAGCCUCAUGUAAAUUUGAAGAUGCUUCGCAUUAAAUUUUACAGUGGUACAGAAUUUCCAUUUUGGUUGGGGGAUCUUUCAUUCUCCAAAAUGCAGUUCUUAUGUCUUAGUAAUUGCGAGAAAUGCCUUUGCUUGCCACCACUUGGGCAGCUACCAUCUCUUAAAGUCCUCAUUAUUGAAGGGAUGGCUGCUGUGAAGAGGGUGGGUCCUGAAUUCUGUGGGAUGCAUAUGCCAUUUUUUCAGUCUUUGGAGACUUUAACAUUUGAGGGGAUGUUGGAAUGGGAAGAAUGGGUUUCGUGUGAAGUUGACAAAAGAGAAUUCCCUCGCCUGCAAGUUGACGAAAGAGAAUUCCCUCGCCUGCAAGUGCUUUCUAUAAGGAGAUGCCCCAAGCUGAAGGGCCAAUUACCCAAGCAACUUCCUUCUGUAGUAAAAGUUGAAAUUUCUGAAUCUCAAGAGCUUAUGACUGCACUUACUAUGGAGGCAUCUUCACAGGAAAUUCUUUUACGUUAUCAUGAUAAGGUCCUGUUCAUGAGUGAAGAUAAAGUUGUCACAUCCUCAGAGCAACAUACCGACUUUAAUUAUGAGGGUGCUGUAGAAUCUUCAUUGCUUUCGACUCAAGCAGCUCCCAAAAGGCCUUUACAUAUUUAUGACAGGGUUCUGUCCACCACUGGGGAUGGAGUUGCCUCAUUCUCAGAGGAUAUUACUGUCUCCUCUUCUGUGAGCAAGAAAGUUUCAGAAAUAUCUGAACUGAAGAAUUUGCCGGAGAAUCUGCAUAGCCUCAAAAUUGAAGGAUGUGAUGCUGAGUUCAUAUCUGAAGCAGUGGGCAUCUAUAGUCUUCCUCUUCUCCAACAUAUUUAUAUUAUUAAUUGUUGUUCUCUCAAGUCCUUUCCUGGAGGCUGUCCACCCUCUGCCAUGAGAAGUCUUUAUAUUCAGAACUGCAAGAAAUUAGAGUUUCUCCCACCUGCAGAGAUGAUGCACCAGUAUGCAGGUCUUCAACAUUUGUGCAUAGGGAGUAGCUGUGAUUCCAUGAUAUCCUUCCCUUUAGAAUUCUUUUUGAAUCUUAGAAGUCUUUCUAUUUGGGAUUGUGGAAAUCUGGAAUCCCUUUCAAUGCCAGAGGGAAUCCAGAAAGAUCUCAGAGCUCUUGAGGCCUUGGAGAUCAGGGCUUGUCCUAAGCUGGUAUCAUUUCCAGGAGAAUUGCCUGCCCCCAACCUGAAGUCCAUUUGGUUCUCCAAUUGUAAGAAUCUCAAGAAACUACCUAAUCAGUUGCACACCCUCAAUUCUCUCCAGUCACUGUUUAUAAAUGAUUGUCCAGAACUUGUAUCACUUCCAGAAGGGGGUUUGCCUUCAGAACUUAUUUUACUUAGUAUCACUUCCUGCAACAAACUCAUGCUCCGUUUGGAGUGGGGGUUGGAUAAACUUCACCAUCUUUGUCAGUUAGAGAUUGAAGGUGGAUGUGGAAAUGUGGUGUCAUUUCCAGAGGAUAAUUUACUGCCUAGAAAUCUCAAUUCUCUACGCAUCAGCGAACUCUUGAAUCUUGAAUAUCUGAACUACAUGGGACUUCUACACCUUACUGCUCUUAAAACACUGGAAAUCAGCUGCUGCAACAAACUCCAGUCCUUGCCAGAAGAGGGUCUUCCAUCCUCUCUGUCUUUUCUCUGCAUCAAGGAGUGCUCUUUGCUGAAUGCAAAACUCCAAAAUAAGGCCGGAAAAGAUUGGUCCAAGAUAGCUCAUAUAUCUCGCAUAGAAAUUGAUUAGAAAGUCUAGAAGAUCCCUUGUCUGAGGCAAUGAAAAUGCAAUUUCAGUGAGGGCAAUUUUUAAGACUCUUGGGCGACCAGCAGCAAUUGCUCAAGUUUGUACGUGGGUUCUUCUGCAGUUAUGUGCGUUCACCUUUUACUUCAUGCUUUUGUUGUGUCUUCUCUACCUUCGUUUUGUGAUCAAUAAAUAGUAUCUUGUAAAUAUUUUUGCUGGCUUCCAACUCCAAUUUUCGAACAAGGAUUUUAUCAUGCUUCUAAGGGUUAUGUGGCUUCAGCUCAAAGGGAUCUUCUUAUGUGGCUUCAGCUCAAAAAUAAUGUGGGGUGGAUUUCUUUGAACUAGUUUGCUACAUUUUGGGUUGAAAGGUGCAUAAUAUAAGUUGGAUAUAGCUUAAGGGUCUCUUAAUUUUUUGAGUGUGAGAAUGUCAUUUUUUGUAUUAAAGCUUUGGAUUGUGAGUUGAGAUUGAUUCAUUUAAAAAAAAAGAGAUUGAGAUCUAGACUUUGAGUUGGAUGUUAUGUAAUAUAACUUGAUUUGAGUUUGCGAGGGUGCUUUUACAAUAGUUCAUCCGGUGUUUGUAAUUUAUAUUGAUAAUAGUGGAUGGUUGGCAUUACUUGUGGA